CAUGUCCCGUACCCGGUGAAGGUGUUCGUGAAGGUGCCGGUACACGUGCCGCAGCCGUACACCGUGGAGAAGAAGAUACCGUACGAAGUCAAGGUACCGGUGGACAAGCCGUACGAAGUGAAGGUGCUGGUACCGCAGCCGUACACCGUCGAGAAACACGUACCCUUCCCGGUGAAGGUACCGGUCCCGCAGCCGUACACCGUCGAGAAGCACGUGCCGUUCCCGGUGAAGGUCAAAGUUCCGGUCCCACAGCCGUACCCGGUUGAGAAGCCGGUGCCGUACGAGGUCAAGGUGCCGGUCGACAAACCGUACCCGGUCACCGUGCCAAAACCGUACCCGGUUACCGUCGAGAAACCGUACCCGGUGCCAGUCGACAAACCGGUACCCUACGAAGUCAAGGUACCCGUCGACAAGCCGUACCCGAUACCGGUGGAGAAACCGUACCCAGUCCCGGUCAAGGUACCCGUACCUCAGCCUUACCCUGUCCAUAAGCCUGUAGCUGUCCCUGUACCCAAGCCCGUGCCCUACGCCGUCAAAGUACCUGUCGACAAGCCAUACAUCGUCGAGAAAGAAAUUCCCUACCCUGUCGAGAAGGAAGUGCCUGUACCGGUUAAAGUACCCGUCCCCGUAGCCAUUCAUGAUGAUCAUGGCGGCUAUGGCGGAGGUGGUGGCGGUGGCGGC